GAGCUGCCUUUCAAUAUCACCCAUCAGUGCCAGUCAGUGCCACCUAUCAGUGCUGCCAAUCAGUGCCACCUAUCAGUGCCAGUCAGUGUCACAUAUCAGUGCCAGUUAUCAGUGCUGCCUAUCAGUGCCAGUCAGUGCUGCCUUUCAGUGACAGUCAGUGCUGCCUAUCAGUGCCAUAUAUCAGUGUUAUGUAUCAGUGCUGCCUUUCAGUGCCCAUCAGUGAUUCCUGUCAAUGCCCAUCAGUGCAACCUACCAGUGCCUCCUCAUCAG